GACACACAAGUCGAUACACAAGCACCACAGCGGAUAAAGUUGAAAUUUCAAAUUUCGUUCGAAACGAAACAUCAGUUGAAUACGUCGAAGCAACCAACGUGGACGUGUCCGUUCUGUGAACUGUGAUAAAUGUUGCUUCCGAUUAAUUUCGCUUUGUUAUAAUUAUUAAGUUUUAUUUUUUCUCCCUUUUUUUAAUUUCGUUUUUAUAAUUUAUUUGCGUCGUUAUUUUUUUCUUUCGUCAUCGAUUUUUUUAAUUUAAUUUUUUCUCAAAAAAUGAACCCAUCGUUCCCCAUGAAAAAUAUAAAAUUAUAAAUUUUAUUCCAAAAAAAUAAAAAGAGUGAACUAAAUCAAUCAAAAUAGAUUUUAACUAAGAAAACAAACAGUGCUGUGCAAUUUAAACAAACAAACCUAUUUAUUAUUAAAAACAAAAACAAAACAAAAAAACAAAAAUGGAUACUACUACUGCAACUCCCACCUCAAACGGAUAUACCACCGACUCUACACCUGAUAGCAACAAAUGCAUAUCAGUCGUUCCUGAUUCCAGUGUAACAUCGCCUAACGAAGUGACACCAAAUGUCAAUUCUCCAUCUGUCACCUCAAAUACACCACUCAAUCUAACAACACCAAAGAAAUACAUUCUGGAUGCUUUGACACGUAAUAAAAAAAUAUACUCCCCCGGUGGCUGUGAUAUUCGCUCUCUGCACAUACGCUCCGAACCCGGAAGUUUGAAACUUCUCAAGGAUCGCUAUCUUCUGACAACCGAACGUACACCUGUUCCCACCGAUUCAAAGUCUAGUUACAAACAUUUUGUAGAUCUGUCAAGUUCAAAUUUAAAAUGCGUUGACAUUUACAAUGGAGAACAAUAUCUUUGCAAAAUUAUCAACGAACCGCUGUACAAAGUUCAAAUGGCAUAUUUCAAUUUGAAACAUGACAACUGUGUUAGUAGCAUUUAUGAACAUCAAUUGGUACGAUCUGUUCGCGAUGUCAUACCGAUGUCAAGAAAUCGCACCUACGCAAUUGUCCAGCAAGGUGCUGAAAUUUACGAGGAUUUACACACAUACAUACGUAAUAAGCGGCGACUUGGCGAAACAGAAGCUCGAUCGUUAUUCCAUCAAAUAUGUCAGACUGUACAGGUGUGUCAUCGCAAUGGGAUUAUUUUGAGAGAUUUAAAACUGAAACGGUUUUAUUUCAUUGACGAAGAGAGAACAAAAAUUCAAUAUGAAUCUCUGGAAGGUUCAAUGAUCCUCGAUGAACCUGAGGAUGAUACACUCUAUGACAAAAUUGGAUGUCCCUUGUAUACUGCUCCAGAACUUUUAUGCCCGAAUUCCACCUAUGCUGGCAAGCCUGCUGAUAUGUGGUCCUUAGGUGUGAUUCUCUACACAAUGCUCGUUGGUCAGUAUCCAUUCUACGAAAAGGGAGGUUGCAAUCUGAUAACGAUUAUCCGACACUGCCAGGUGCAGAUACCGACAGCACUAAGCAAACCAGUGCGUUGGUUAUUACGAAAUUUGCUGCGACGUAUUCCAGAUGAAAGAUUAAAAGCUGAGGAUAUAUUUAUGCAUCCAUGGUUGGCAGAACUUAAACCAGCUUACAUGCAUAUAACUGUUGAUGCAGUCUUUUCGGAUAGUGAAAGUGAGGGAAAGGGAAAGAGAAGCAAAAAUAAUGACGACGAUGAUGAUGACGACGAUUGUGACAGAUCAAAGCCUAAAAGAUCGAAAUAUGACUUUUUUGACACAAUUACAACGGACUUUUCAAUGGACGAUAUCGGCGAAAUGGGAUGAUUGUGAUUAAUUGUUUUCUUCGUUGUUGUUGUUAUCUCGAGGGUCCAAUCCAAAGGAUUCAAGAAAUUCAAAUCGAAAGCGUAGAGUGAGAGCUUAAGCUUUUAUGACAUUUGUUGACUGUUGUCAUUUACAACACACACGCACACAUCAGGAGCCUGCUUUGAAAGCUGUUGGCCAACUAGAACAACAAAAGGUGAACGCAGCGGAACCCUGCUUAUGAAUUGUCUUAAAUGUUUGUCCGAGUGAUUUUAACUAAAAAAUAAAAAGAUAAAUGAGUAGGAAGGCGGCGAGUGAUUAGGUCGCAUUUGUUGAAUUUUUUUAUUACAUGUAUAGUUUUCUUUAUUACAUUUAUAAUUUUUGUUAAAAAAAUUAAAUUUAAAAAAAAUGAACAAAAAAAUAGUAAACACAAUAAAAUUGACAAUGAAUUUGAAACAAAA